AUGGUUCAUUUACAUACAUCUCCCAAGCCUAGAGAACAUGCUCCAUCGUCGGCCUCUACAAGUAACAACAACAGCAAUCUGAUUCUUGAACAACAACGACAAGCCUACUAUUUGGCCUAUAAUCAAGACAAGAGGGUAAUUCAAGAAAAACAAGAAGCCUAUUAUGAUUAUGAAGAGGCAGCAGAGGAUGUUGAUGAAGACGAGUACUAUCCGACCGUAGCAAAUACUUACCAAAAUAGCAAUAUGAUUGGAGCUCCAAGUAAUAAUGGUUUUGAACAACAGCCAGACCAUACCAAACCAACUUUCAAUCCAUCCUCAUCGACGAGUGACUCUAUUCCAUGUUAUGGCAAUGAGGAAUAUCAUCCUCAUGAAAAUUCCAUAAUGAGAGACGACGAAGAGGAUGAAUAUGUUGACGACGGCGACGACCAUGAAGCUAAUGAUUUGGAGAAUCAAUUUUCUGAGACUGGACUCAAUAGUAGUUAUGAUGAAAUGAACGAAAAUCCAUACGCAAAAGAUUCACCUCAACAAGAGCACUAUAUCGAAGGAGUGCAAUUUUUACUUCCACUUCGUUAUGAACCAAUAGAAUGUGUCGGAAAAGGAGCGUACGGAAUAGUCAUUAGUGCAAACGACAGACUCAUGAAUCGAAAAGUAGCUAUUAAAAAGAUUGAAGCCGUUUUCAAGAAGGAGAAAUUCUUUCAAAAGAGAAUUAUGAGAGAAAUCAAAAUUUUAAUUCAUUGCAAAGGACAUCCAAACAUUGUUGAAAUACUAGAUUUAGUUCCUCCUGAAUCAUUCGAUGAAUUCGAAGACAUUUAUAUCGUGACCGAAUAUAUGGAUUGUAAUUUACAGGAAUUACUCAAAUCAGGGCAAAAAUUCAGCGAGCAAAACAUUCAAUACUUUUUAUAUCAAAUGUUGAAAGCCCUAGAUGUUUUACAUUCUUGUGAUAUUGUCCACCGUGACAUUAAGAGCAGUAAUAUCUUGGUCAAUAAUGAUUAUGAAGUCAAGUUUUGUGAUUUUGGAUUGUCACGAGCAAUGAUGAAUGAAAAGAUGUCUACAGACAAUGUUGCUACCAGGUGGUAUCGAUCUCCAGAACUAUUACUGAAAUAUCACAAAGCAGGAAAACCAAUCGAUGUGUGGAGUUUGGGAUGUGUUUUCGCAGAGCUGCUCUCAACGCCAAAACAACACGUUCUUUUCCCUGGAGAGAGCCAUCUCAAUCAAAUCGACAAGAUUUUGGACAUUUUAGGAACUCCAGCACCUGAGGAUAUUUAUGGAUGCUUCAAAGCUCAAGUUUAUAUGAGCAAUCAGCCAUUCAGAAAGAAGAAAGAUUUCAGCAAACUGUUCCCAGAAGCAAAUCCUGAAGCGUUGGACCUUUUGGAAAAGAUGCUCUCGUUUUCUCCUGAUAAGAGAAUUACCGUUAAGGAAGCUCUUAAACACCCAUAUUUAGAGAGUAUGGCAAAUCAUAUGGAUGAUGAGGAAGAGGGAAUUUCUUCAGAUGGCGGAUUUGUGACCCGAGAUUUCGAAUAUAGAUUCGAUGAGUCUUGGGAAGUGCAUCAAAUUAAGAAAAUGAUGUAUGACGAGUGUAUUAAUUUUCAUAGUGCAUGGUCGAGGAAGUAG